AUGGUAUUCACUGAUGUGUACAAACGAGGAGAUGACUUUCUAGCUGAGUACCCUAGAAGAAGUCCGUUUUGGCGAUUUUUAUCAUUCAGCACUAAUAUAUUGGUACUUUGUGUAUCUAAAAUGAUAUUAAAAACGUUUUAUAACGUCAAGUUGAACGAUUUUGAUCAUUUAGAAAAUGCUAUGAAGAGAGCGAAAGAUGAAAAUAGAGGAAUCAUCACUAUAAUGAAUCACAUGUCAACGUUAGACGACCCUUUACUAUGGGCUUGUUUCCCCAUGAAAACUUACUCAAAUUUAUCAAACAUGAGAUGGUGUCUCGGUGCAAAUAAUAUUUGUUUUGCUAAUAAAGCAUUGUCAACUUUUUUCUCCCUGGGUCAGGUACUCUCCACUGAACGGUUUGGUGUCGGACCAUUUCAAGGUUCAAUCGAUGCUGCAAUUAGAUUAUUAUCUCCCGAUGAUACCAUCUCCAAAUUGUUUCAAGAUGAAAAUUAUAAUCCCCCGAUAAUACGUAACAAACCAUCAUGGGUUCAUAUCUAUCCUGAAGGCUUCGUCCUACAAUUACAUCCACCCUAUGCAAAUUCAAUGAGAUAUUUCAAAUGGGGCAUGACAAGAAUGAUUCUUGAACCAACUAAACCACCAAUUGUCGUACCAAUUUUCACCACAGGAUUCGAAAAAUUAGCUCCAGAAGAUAAGGAAGAUCAGUCUCUUUUAAAAAAUCUUUAUAAUGCAAUCGGUACAGAAAUCAAUAUUACCGUUGGUAAACCAAUAGAUGAUGAAGUUAUAGACUCUUAUAGAAGUAAAUGGAUGGAUUUAAUAAUUGCAACUCAUGCAGAACAAGAAACUGACUUAACUGACGAACUGAAAAAUGGUACCGAGGCUAAGCUGUUAAGAAGUCGAUUGGCUUCUGAAUUGAGAUUGCAUGUCGCAAAUAUCCGUCAUCAUAAAAGAUUUUUACCCAUGGAAGACCUCAGGUUCGGUAGACCCGAGUGGUGGAAAAUUUUUACAAAGACUGAAGGCAGCUCUGAUCCUGACGUUGAAUUCAUUGGAGAAAAUUGGGCCAUUAGAAGGCUACAAAAAUUUUUAAAUGAAAAUCAACUCAAGAUUAAUAAUAGUGAUGAUGACGAUAUUGUUAAUAGCGAUGGUACGACUGAAAGUGACGGUAGUACCUACGUAACUGACUCUGACGAUAAAAAGAAUAAUUAA